CCCCUGGGACCACCUCGCCUACGCCGCCGUCUUCGAUCCCCGCGACAACUCCACCAUCGUCUUCGCCAAAGGUCUCAACCUCCGCCCCGCCCGCCUCUCUGACCCCUCCCGCUACGAGUGUAUCUUCGGCUGGAACUUCUUCAAGCCCAAGUACCUCCUCACCUCCGCCGCCACCUCCGCCGCCCAGGAGAUCAUUCGCUGCAAGACCCCCGGCAGCGUCCUCCUCCGCCACCUCCGCCAAUCCAACCGUGAUCCCCCAUUGGUCUCCGUCAAAUCCAAGGGCCGUGGCAGCUUCACCCUCCCCUCUGUUGCUCGCCCUGAGACCAUCUCCUCCCCCAAAAGAUGGCGAAACAAGGAGCAUUCCAUGUGUGUGUGCACAAUGGUGCGGAACCAAGCUCGAUCCCUCCAAGAAUGGAUUGCUUACCACUCUCGAAUUGGGAUCCAAAGGUGGUUCAUCUACGACAACAACAGCGACGAUGGCAUCGAGCAGGUGAUCGAAUCACUGGCAUCAUCUUCAAAUUACAAUAUAACGCUCCAUUCAUGGCCAUGGGUCAAGACACAGGAGGCAGGCCUUGCGCAUUGCGCUCUCCGAGCCCGGGGCCAUUGCGAAUGGGUCGGAUUCAUCGACGUCGAUGAAUUCUUGUACCUUCCGGCCAAAAUCAUGCUGCAUGAUGUGCUCCACAAGUACUCAAGCAAGCCAUGGGUCGGGGAGCUGCGGACCGCUUGCCAUAGCUUUGGACCUUCAGGGAGGAAGACGAUACCAUCAGAGGGUGUGAUGGUUGGGUACACUUGCAGGAUGAACAGCCCUGAGCGGCACAAGUCGAUCGUUCGGCCGGAGGCACUAAAUCCUUCUUUGAUCAAUGUUGUGCAUCAUUUCCAUUUGAAGGAUGGAAUGAGGUAUGUGAACAUGGACAGGGGAGUUAUGGUGAUCAACCACUACAAGUAUCAAGUGUGGGAGGUGUUCAAGGAGAAGUUCUACAGGAGGGUGGCAACCUAUGUUGCAGAUUGGCAGGAUGAGGAGAAUGUUGGUUCGAAGGACCGAGCUCCGGGAUUGGGGACCAAGGCUGUGGAGCCUCCAGAUUGGCCGAGCCGGUUCUGCGAGGUCAACGACACCGGGCUUAGGGACUGGGUGUUGAGGGCUUUCAGUGACCCCAACACUGGCCUUCUUCCAUGGUAGCUGGGAGAAGAGCUUUAUUUGAUUCAUCACAUUGAUACAGAGAAUGUAGAACAAAAGAAAAAAAAGCACUUAGGUAAACUGUUGAACAUGGAUUACCCUUGAUUCUUUCUGGGUUUCUUUUUGGUGUCAUUGAUGUUUCUAUUAUUUUACCACGUCUGUAAUUGAGAGGUAAAUCAUUCUUUUGUAGAUAGAGACGUAAUACAAUCCUCAUAACGAUAAAGUUUGGAAGGGAAUAACUGAUGGAAGGCUAGAGUUUUGCAUUCCAUUUCAGUGGUUAUGAUCAUGUCUUUUGUCUGUUUUUCUUAUUUUAAGGUUUAAAUUAAUCUGGCUGGCUUACAGUCAUCAGAUAUUAACUUCCCUAAUAAAGAUGAAGUAUAUUGUACU